GAUCCAAGGUGCUGGUGUCUCGCCCUGCCUGGAGCCUGAGGUCCCGAGUGCCCAUCCGCUUCCCGACGUCACCAAUGCGACCAUGGGAACUGGCAGUGAAUAGGCGGCCACCCUCUGCCCCUUUUAACCAGCGUCGUUUCUCGGGGGGACCCUGCAGCAGCCCCGACCACCUCCGGCGAAGGUACGGGCCCCCUGCCAGGCGUCAGUGGGGACGACGCGAACGACCUCUGGCAGCCCUGCUGGGCCAGGAUGAGCCCCAGCUGCACCCUGCCUUCCCCCAGCAGCCGCACGGCCCUGUAGAUGAGCUCCGCGCAUACGCUCUCCCCAGCACGCCGCCACGAAUGCUUCACCCGGCCGCUCACCCGCCCCACCAGAACCCAUUCAUGGUGGAUCUGCAUGACCAGGUGCACCAGGGACCUGUCCCUCUCUCCUACACGGUUACCACCGUCACGACGCAAGGCUUCCCCAUCCACGCCGGCCAGCACAUCCCUGGGUGCAGCACCCAGCAGCUCCCAGCAUGCUCAGUGAUGUUCAGUGGACAGCACUACCCGCUCUGCUGCCUCCCACCCCCGCUGAUCCAGGCAUGUGCCAUGCAACAGCUUCCCGUCUCCUACCAGACAUUCCCCCCCAUCAUCUCCAGCGACCAUUACAUACUGCACCCCCCACCACCGCCAGUGCCCCCCCACCAGCCGCCCCACAUGGCCCCCCUGGGGCAGUUUGUACCUCUCCAAGCCCAGCAUCCGCGUAUGCCUCUGCAGAGGAUAGACAAUGACGUGGACCUGCGAGGGGAGCAGCACCCCAUCGCGGGCUUCACAUACCCCCCGUCCCACCAUGCUCCCACGCUGUCCCCCUCCGUGCCGCUGCAUUACCUCCCCCACGACCCGCUGCACCAAGAACUGCCAUUCGGCGUGCCAUACCCCCACAUGAUGCCCCGGCGGCUGAACACCCAGCGGUACCGGCUGCAGCAGGCGCUGCCCCCUCCGCCGCCCCCUCCGCCGCCCCCCCCGUACUACCCGAGCUUCCUGCCCUAUUUCCUCUCUAUGCUUCCUGUGUCGCCGACAGCCGUGGGACCCACGAUCAGCCUGGACCUGGACGUGGAUGAUGUGGAGAUGGAGAAUUACGAGGCGCUCCUGAACCUGGCCGAGCGGCUGGGGGAGGCCAAGCCGCGGGGACUCACCAAAGCAGACAUCGAGCACCUCCCGUCCUACCGCUUCAACCCCGAGAGCCAUCAGUCUGAGCAGACCCUGUGCGUCGUGUGCUUCAGUGACUUCGAGGCCCGGCAGCUUCUCCGCGUCCUGCCCUGCAACCACGAGUUCCACGCCAAGUGUGUCGACAAAUGGUUAAAGGCAAACCGCACGUGCCCGAUCUGCCGGGCGGAUGCGUCGGAGGUGCAGCGGGAUGCGGACUGAGGCAGGCGGGUGCUGAGCCGCACAAUUCGCUAGAGGACGAGGACGCCGGGCCAGGGGUGGGGGCCGCUGCCCGCUGCUAGGGCCUGACCCUGUGCUUACCCCCCCUCCCCAAAGCCUCUCCUCGAUGUGGUGAGCAUUGAGCAGCCCGGGCUCCCGGCCAGCCCUCCUCCUCCCCGCCGGGCACGGACUCGGCUGCGCUCCCGGGGCCCCGAAUCGUGUUGUGCUGGAGGCAGGAGGCGCGUGGCCGUGCCCUCCGCGCUCCAAAGACGCUAUUGUUGCUCCAUCACUUUCCAGGUCUUUGUACUCCGUUAGGGAAUUAGCGUUUUUUCCCUUUUGUCACCUUUUUUUUUUUAAUGGUAGGUUGUUUCCCCCCUUCCCUGUUUCCUUUUCCUGUCGCGCUUUUGGUUC